CGAUGCAACAGCUCAGCUCGAAGCUCUCAUGCUUUAACCUCCGUGCUUCUGCUUUAAUAUUUGCAGCCUGCUCUGUCUACAUGCCUGGACGCCUGAAGAGAGCAAACAUUUACAGCUUCUCCCUCCCCUGUGUUUAGUGGGCAAUUUGAUCCUUCUUUGUCCAUUCGUUUAUUCCACAUCACUCUUAGGCUUCACUUGCUAUUGAGAACAACAAAGUGCAACUUUGGGAAUCUGCUCUCUGUUUAUUGAGCACAAAAAUGGACUCAGACUCUGAUUCACCUUUUAAUUACUCUUGGCCUUCCUUACCAAAAAUGAGGAUUCGAAGAAGGGCAUCCAAACCAGAGCACAGACUCUCCACCCUUGAUGUUCUUAAGAAGUUGAAGUCUCCCCCUACUUUCUUUGCUGCAACCAGGCUUUCUCCCAUGCUGAGUGGAAGUGAUGAAGUAUAUGCAAACUCCAUGGUAGUAGACGAAGCUGGAGAUUUAAAGACUGACUACRUUCAGGGAGAUGGUGUCAGCAGUGAGACGUGUCUGAAUCCCACCAGCUCAAUCCCAAUGGCCAAGAGUUCUUCAUCUCUCUCCCUUGAGGAGAAUGAUCAAUUUACAUAUGUCCCAAAUGAAGGAAGUCAAAGGUCAAUAAAAAAUGAAGAAAAUGCAGAAUUAAGACAUGCCACUACACCUUCUCGUCUGUAUGUAGCAGAUUCAUAUCUUCCAUUCAAGACCCAUGGAUUUAUUAAGGACCGGGGCCAACUUUAUGCUGACAUGAAAAGAAGAAGUUCAAGUCUUGAUGACCUUGAAGUCGACAGUGGAAGUGGAGUGGUGUCGGACAGAUCCCAUGCUCACUACUCUCCCCUCGGCUCUUCAGAGGCCAUGGCUUCUAGCAGAGAUGGAGYGAACUUACCUACUGGUCUGCAGCCCAAGGAAUACACAGUGUUUGGGAUUCGGUCACGCUCCUAUUCCUGCUCCUCACCCAAAGGUGUGGUAGGAAGACCUCGCAUUCCUCGGCAGUUUGCAGUUGAGGAUUCAAACGAAGAGCGAGCGUUCAGCCUGCCCGAGCAGUCCCAGGAGCACCAAAGGAUUCAGGAGGAGGAAUGGGAUAAAUAUGCUCUACCCUCAAAAAAUGAGUCUGAAAAAUAUAAAGUGAGUCGGACUUUCAGCUUUCUGGUGAACAGGAUGACCAGUACAAGGAAUAAAUGCAAGACAAAAAAUAAAGAUACCAAAGAUAAGGAGAAAUCAACCAGGCACAAUUUUACAAAUGGGACCUUCACAGGAGUUUUCCCAUGUAUGGUCUGUGAAAAGGCCCUCCUAGGAAAGGAGUCACUGCAGUGUGCUUAUUGCAACGUGAUUGUGCAUAAGAGCUGCAAGGAGUGCACUCCUGUGUGCACCAAGAAAUCCCAGGAGAGAURCCAUAAUAAAAACAAGCCCCAAGCUGGUGUAACAAAUUCCCUGCCUGGAGACAUUUCACAGAUGGUGCUAUCCUCAGUGCAUCCUUCUUUUUCUGUGCCUGUUGGACUGUCUGGAAAGAGGGAAGCCUCACAACAGCCCUACUUCUUGUCCAAAAGUGUCCCCAGUGCCAGUUUGGAAAGAAGAGCUACACAAUUUUCUGAACAAGACUCUGAGACUAAUGCCUGGAGGUCCAAGUCACAGUCUGAAGAGAUGUUACAAGCGUUAGGGACCUUUCCUUCAAUGGAUGCUUUUAUGAUGGAAGGUGAUGUGGAUUUGUCUCAGUGGACUGAUCUCUGCACAGAUGCAGAAGAGUUUGAAGCAGAGUCCUGGAGCCUUGUUGUCGAUCCGACGUUCUGUAGCAAGCAAGAAAAGGAUGUAAUCAAGAGGCAGGAUGUCAUAUUUGAGCUGAUGCAAACAGAAGUACAUCACAUCCACACCCUGUUCAUCAUGUCUGAAAUAUUCAGGAAAGGCAUGAAGGAAGAACUGCAGCUUGACCACAGCAUGGUGGACAGAAUAUUCCCCUGCUUAGAUGAGCUACUGGAGAUGCACAGGCAGUUCUUCUGCAGAAUGAAGGACAGACGGCAGGAAUCGUGUGAGGCAGGGAGCGAGCGUAAUUUUGUCAUCAGCAGAAUUGGAGACAUCCUUGUGCAGCAGUUUUCAGAGGACAGUGCAACUAAAAUGGAGAAAAUAUAUGGAGAGUUUUGUAGCCAUCAGAAAGAAGCUGUUAAUCUCUUCAAAGAGCUGCAACAAAACAAGAAGUUCCAGAAUUUUAUUAAACUGAGAAAUAGUAACCUGUUGGCACGACGCCGAGGAAUCCCUGAGUGCAUUUUGCUUGUCACCCAGCGAAUCACCAAAUAUCCUGUUCUGGUUGAAAGGAUAUUGCAAUACUCAAAAGAAGGAACAGAAGAACAUAAAGAUCUGUGCAAAGCCCUUCAUCUAAUUAAGGAUGUCAUUGCAGCAGUAGAUUUGAAAGUGAAUGAGUAUGAGAAAAAGCAAAAGCUGUUGGAAAUUCUCUGUAGAACUGAAAACAAAACAUAUACAAAACUGAAAAAUGGCCAUGUUUUUAGGAAACAGGACUUGAUGAGGAAAGAGAGGAUACUUCUUCAUGAAGGUUUAGUGUACUGGAAGACAGCAACUGGUCGGUUCAAAGACACCUUAGCUCUGCUUCUAACUGAUGUACUACUGUUCUUACAAGAAAAGGAUCAAAAAUACAUCUUUGCAGCUGUUGACCAGAAGCCUUCUGUUAUUUCCCUUCAGAGGCUCAUAGUGAGGGAAGUAGCCAACGACGAAAGGGGCAUGUUUCUGAUUAGUGCAUCAUCUGCAGGGCCUGAGAUGUAUGAGGUUCAUACCAACUCCAAAGAAGAGCGUAACAACUGGAUGAGGCAUAUUCAAGAGGCAGUGGAAAGUUGUCCAGAGGAAGAAGAAGAAGUAAAAGUGAGUGAAUCUGAUGAAGACAGACGUAUUGCUGAGGCCAAGGCAUACAGAAUACAGAAAUAUCAAGAAUCGCUGAGUAACCAUGACCAGCAAAUCUGCAGUUAUUUAGAAGAAAAGUUGCGUAUCUAUGCCGAACUGGGAAAUUUGUGUGGGUUUGACGAUGUCCACGUAGAACCUCACCUGCUUAUCAAACCCGAUUCUGGAGAAACUCCACAGGCUGCUUCACUGCUGGCAGCAGCACUCAGAGAAGUUGAAAGUCUCCAUGUCGCUGUAACAGCAUCACAAGKGAGUGAAACAGACAGAUCACCAGAGGAAAGUACUGAGGAAUUAAGUGCGAAGCAUGGAUUCACUGCCAAUGAAAUCUUGGAAUCUGUUCCAGGUGAUGCAGAAAGAAAAGAAGUUGAAGAGUCAUCAGAAAUUGAUUUCAGUGUUGAAGAGGAAAUGGCAGGUGCCAGUCUUGAGGAUAAGGAAGGAAGUAUGAAUUUUUCAGGAUCUACAGGGACAGAGAUUGUACAAGCAAUCCAGAACUUAACCCGUCUCUUAUACAGCAUGCAGGCAGCACUGGCUAUCCAGGACAGCCACAAAGAGCUCCACAGGUUGCUGCUGCAAGAGAAUGAGAAGACCAGUCGGGGCCAUGGUUCUCGGCUAAACCCCCUUUUGGAACAAGAAAAAUACCGGAAUCUGGAAAAACAAAGGGUGGAACUGGCCAACAUACACAAAUUGAAGCAGCAGUUUCAGCAGGAGCAGCAGCGCUGGCUGCGCGAAUGCGAGCAGCGGCAGCGGGAGCAGGAGGCGAGGGAGGGCCGGCUGGAGCAGCGGGAGCGCGACUGCGACUGCGAGGAGGAGCUGCUGGACAGGAGCCGGCAGGGACUGGCGCUGCAGCUGCAGGAGUACCAGCACAGCCUGGAGAGGCUCCAGGAGGGCCAGAAAAUGGUGGAGAGAGAAAGAGACAGUGUGAAAAUGCAGAAGAAACUCCUGUGGCACUGGAAGCAUGAUCUGAACGCAUCACAGCCCCAGGGUCCCCAGACAGGCAUUCCAAACCAGGGAUCCAUCCAGUCCCCACACGCAGAAGAGCUGCUGCUGAACCAGCCUGAGAGCCUGCAGGAUGCGGAAAGAGGAGCCAGAGUAGAAGAGGAGAUUGUUUACCUCUGAUGACUUGUUUUCUGAUCUCAGUAGCACUUUGGAAAGAUUACUGUUUUUGCUCUACUAAAUCUCUGUAGUUGUUCUUUGUAUGACCAUCUGGCUUUAAGGGUAGUAUUUAAUAUUCAAUGCAAAUUUUCCCCCAUGAUAAAUGUAGCAAGUAAGUUAUUUUGGAGCCUUUGUUGUGUAAUCUUUAAUUUAUGGCAUGAUUUCAAAUGCUUUUCAAGAAGCAAUGAGUUGCAGGGGAGACAUAACAUUCUGAAAUUGUAAGGAUGCCACCAAGAACUGUGAAAGCUAGUGUUGAUUUUCUCUAGUCCUCUUUCUACAAGAUUGAGCUAAGAGACAUGGGCCUCAUGAUGCUAUUUGAGUUUUCAGARUGUGUCUCAAUAACCUUCUAACAUUUGUGGUAUUACAUGAGAAGACAGCAUUGUAAGAAUGAUGGCUGUGGUCUUUGUUGAAAUGUGCUAUAUACCCUUAGCUGUUGGGUCAUUUUCCUUAUCUUCUAGCUCAGGAACUGCUCAGAAGGGGAUGUUUUUUUGGUCUGAGCAUAAUUGCAUAAUUGUAAGUGUUUUUUCAUGUCCCAAAGCCUAUCAUCAUUUUGGUACUACUGCCAGUUUCUGUGCAGAGAUGCACUAAAUCAGUUUGUUACUGUAUUAUAGCUGUACCUCACUUCAGUAGGUGUCCUUACACAUUAAAAUCUGUCAGAUGAAAUCAUUACACUGGUCAAAAGAAAAGAAAGAGGGAAAAUAGUAGGUUUCUGUUAUCUGAACCCAUCUGAAAUGACACUGUGUUCCCAUGUAGGAGUCAGAUAGCUUUCUGCUUUCAGGUUCAUGACWUCAUCUCUGUGUUAGGCAGUAAGAAACCAGGACUUGUUUUGUGGCUUUUUGUCUUUCUGAAAGAUUUGUACACUUCUGUCAAACUGAAUAAAAGCUCUGUGCAUUUCUGCAAAACUGUAACUUUGAUU